AAGCGCACGCGCACGGAUGUCCGUUACUUCCAGGCAGCGCGCGUACGCCGCUGGAGGCAAGCGUGGAGAGGUCGGGUGCGCGGGGUAGUCGCGGUCGUGAGGUAACGCCGGGCGCGAGGCGGUUAUCUGUUCCUUUUCGACAAGAACGGAAGGUGCAAGCGCCAUUGUAACUACCCAGAGCUCAGCGAGGGGGAAAAAAAAGAAUCCUGCUUCCGCCUUAGGUGGCCUCUGAGAGAAACGACCGCAGCGUCAGGUUCGAUUAUCUUCUAGGCCGCUGUGGGCGGGGUUUAUACGGAUUUGGCCGGCCCACUCGGGCCCCGCGCAUUUUCAGGAUGUCGGCACAGGCUCAGAUGCGCGCGAUGCUGGACCAACUCAUGGGCACCUCCCGCGACGAACAAUCCAGGCUUCCGAGAUUGUAGAACAUAAAACCAGUGCAGCUGGACAUCAUCAAAAAUCUAUCUGCCCAAUAAAACUGCUGAUACUGUUCAAUGUAUCUAUGCCUGCCUACUUCAUUCUGCAAGGGAGUGUCAGAAAGGCCCCGCAUUCGCCGAGCCGAGAUACUACACGUCAGCGAAUUAAAUUCAGUGAUGACAGAGUGUGCAAAAGUCAUCUUCUCAACUGUUGCCCUCAUGAUGUCCUCUCAGGAACAAGAAUGGAUCUUGGAGAAUGUCUGAAGGUGCAUGAUUUGGCGUUAAGAGCAGAUUAUGAAAUUGCAUCAAAAGAGCAAGACUUUUUCUUUGAACUUGACGCGAUGGAUCACCUGCAAUCAUUCAUUGCUGACUGUGAUAGGAGAACUGAAGUGGCAAAGAAAAGACUGGCUGAAACUCAAGAAGAGAUCAGUGCUGAAGUGGCAGCUAAGGCUGAACGAGUCCAUGAAUUAAAUGAGGAAAUUGGAAAACUGCUUGCUAAAGUGGAACAACUUGGAGCUGAUGGAAAUGUGGAAGAGUCUCAGAAAGUAAUGGAUGAAGUAGAGAAAGCAAGGGCAAAGAAAAGAGAAGCAGAGGAAGUGUACCGGAAUUCCAUGCCUGCUUCCAGUUUCCAGCAGCAAAAGCUACGGGUCUGUGAAGUAUGCUCAGCCUAUCUUGGCCUACAUGACAAUGACAGGCGGCUUGCUGAUCAUUUUGGAGGAAAGCUGCACUUGGGUUUUAUUGAAAUAAGAGAAAAGCUUGAAGAACUAAGGAGAAUUGUGGCUGACAAACAGGAGAAACGAAAUCAAGAACGUUUAAAGCGAAGAGAAGAAAGGGAGAAAGAAGAAAGAGAGAAGUUAAGAAGAUCUCGUUCUCACAGCAAGAACCCCAAAAGAUCUAGAUCCCGAGAUCGCCGUAGACAUCGAUCUCGGUCAUCCUCCCGUGACCGAAAGAAAAGAACCCGUUCCAGGUCCCGUGAAAAGCGACAUCGUCAUAGGUCUCGUUCUACUAGUCGCAGCCGCAGUCGCAGUCACCAAAGGAGCAGUCAUAGCUCCAGAGACAGAAGCAGAGAACCCAAUUCCAAAAAAAGAUCAUCGAAAGAAAGAUCUUCCAGAGAUCAAGAACGAACCAGAGAUCGUAACAGAACAUCACGUGACAAAGAAAGUUGCCCCAGAGAAAAAUCUCCAAGAGAUCGAAACUGCAAAGAAAGGAAGCGAUCUUAUGAAAGUGCAAAUGGUCGAUCAGAAGACAGGAGAAGCUCAGAGGAGCGUGAAGCAGGAGAGAUAUAACUGGCUGUACAUUCACUUGAUCCUUUACCUUCCUAUGAAGUUGCAUACUGUGGUUUAGUUUACAGUUAUUAAAAGGGACACCAGUGAGCAAUUCCAAUGUUUAUCCAUCUAGGAUAGAUGUACAGUGUAUAAACAUGGUUAUAAUGAAGUCUGAAUUGAUCCGUUUCCAUUGAUAAUUCAAUUGAUGAUAAGUGAAGCAGUUUCCUUUUUUCUUCUCCUCCAGUAAACUUGUAAGACAUAUUUUCAAAGAUCUAUCUUCAAGAUACCAGGUUUAUGUACCAACAUAAUAGAUUUAAAUGUUUUCUUCUCCAAUACAGGUUAUAGUGAACAAAACUAUAGUGUGCUCUUUGCUUUGGAUGCUUUCAAACCUUUAUAAGCUCUUCUAGUUUUAUUCUGUCAAACAGCAGCACUGAAUCAUUUUUAAAGAGGUUGAGUGGGUUCCAGGCUUUUAUUACCACCAGAAGAUUGAGUUCUCAGCUCCUUCUUGAGAACUGAAUAUGUUUGGCAAUAUUUAGGUUGGGGACAUGUGCUGAAGAAAAUGACAACUUUUGAAUUUUAUUUUUACAGUGCCUAUUUAGACUUGGAAGUCAAACAACUGUUGCAUUUCAUCCUUUAAAAAAAAAUUGAAACUUUGAAAUCAAAGCCAGUCCCAUGUCUUUGUACAAUUUAAUUGAUCUAUGUUCAGUAUAUUUGUUUUUCCUUUCAAAAUGAUUUUUCUGUUUUUAUUUUCCUUGUGGUGUGUUAACUGCACAUCCCUAAUUGUAAACAGCAAACAAUAAUAAAAUAAGCAAAAAAAUAUUUUUUGUCCAGUGAAAUAGCUGUGUGUUCCCACUCCCUCUUAACAAUUGAAGUGCAUGCUUCUAACAUUGAUACUUUUUUCAAUUAAAUCUGGAAAUAUCGUAUACGCAUUGUUCAUGAGUGUACUGAAAUUUUUUUGAACACAGACUAAGUCUAAAGUACUGUAUGUAACUCAUAUUUCUAUAUGGAAUACAGCUUUCUUUGAGGAGGUAAGUUAACUACUGAAUUGUACACUAACAUUCCAACAGACAUUUUAGUCAGAGUAGAGAAAUUUAUUGUCGAAGAUAACAUUGUAUAAAUAUACAUCAACAAUCCAAGUAAGUAUAAACACCUUCCAUUAAUUUGUCACAAAAUUUAAUAUCUGGAUCUGGAGCUGAAAUUGCUUUAAAUUCUUUUUUUAUAGUUUAAUAGCUUUUGUAACAAUGAACUUUUUCCUCAAAG